AUGGGGCACGGGAUGAGAUGUCUGCAGAGUGGCGCAAAAGGUGGCAACCUUCAUGUGCCAUUCCAGCCAGAAAUGCAGGAGCAGACUGCUUCCGAGCCACAAGAGGAAAGCGCUCCUGAAUGUCCUGUAGAUGAUCGUCAUGAUGAUCAUGAACAUGCUGGACCAUCAACGAGGCAGACGACCGCCCUAGAAAGUACUCCGGCACAGGAACCAUCUAAGCAGCCAGAAAUGCAGGAGCAGACUGCUUCCGAGCCACAAGAGGAAAGCGCUCCUGAAUGUCCUGUAGAUGAUCGUCAUGAUGAUCAUGACCAUGCUGGACCAUCAACGAGGCAGACGACCGCCCUAGAAAGUACUCCGGCACAGGAACCAUCUAUGGUGCCAAUCAAAACAAUAACCUGCUGCUAA